ACUAAGUGGGGUAUAAAAUCAGAAGGAGAGCAUUAGCGCACAACAGUCGGAAGCAGAAUGGUAACCUCCACUUUCUUUGUUGUAUUUGCUGUAACGGCUUUUCUUUGUAAUGCAGCACCACUGGACCACAAAAGCCAUGGUGAAACUGAUAGCAAGUGCCCUCUCAUGGUGAAAGUUCUUGAUGCAGUCAAUGGAAUUCUCGCUGCUAAGGUGGCGAUUAAAGUCCAUCGACAGGCAGAGGAUACAAGCUGGCAGUUGAUCGCUAGCGGUGUUACAGAUGACACUGGCGAAGUCCAUAACUUAAUCCCAGAGGCCGAUUUCACCAAAGGAAUGUACAAGGUGGAGCUUGACACAAAAUCCUACUGGAAAUCCAUGGGUGCUACCCCCUUCCACGAAGUGGCAGAUGUGGUGUUUCAAGCAAAUAAUGAUGGUCAUCGUCAUUAUACUCUUGCAGUCCUCCUGAGUCCCUUCUCUUACACAACUACUGCUGUAGUCAGCAAAGCACAUGAGUAAACAUGUAUACCCUCCAUUGUAUUUAAAUACUGUUAACCAGAAAUAGCAUAACAAACAUUUUAUAACCAUUUAAUAAAUUAUGCAAGAAAGACGCAUAAUUAAAAAAAAAGAAUCUUAUGGUCAUUUAAAGUUUAUUUUUCAUGUUGGUCAAUGCUGGUCUCAUGAUAUAUUAAACAAAAAAGAACCGUUAGCCAGCUGAUACAUUUUACCAACAUUUCCAAGUCACAUAUGUUUUGCUAGCAUUUAUUUUCAUAAAAAGACAAUGAUAAAAAAUAUACAAAUAUUCUAUAAACAUAAAUAAGAUGACUGCAGUACACAAGGAAGUUCAUUUGCAGCUGUGUUACUCCACUGUUUCAGUGCAAGCCACAAUAAGUGUUAAGUUUACCGACAUAAAGUAAACUUAUUACAGCAUGGUGACACACACUGGUAAAAACUCACAUAUGCAGUUUUUAUGUAGGAUUGUGUUGUCUUAACAUAGCAACAUGACCAAUGUAACACACCUCAUAGACAGAGACAGAGAUUGUUUUACCUUUGAUAAAACAUAAUACAUGGUUUGUUACAAAAUGUUAUAAGAAAUUCAGAUAAACCACUGCUGAUUAUGUCUCACUACAAGAUAACUAAAACAGACUUCAUGGUGGACCGAAAAUUGUUACUGUUUUACUGCAGAACCUUCUUAACACAGACAACUUGGACAAUAUAAUAUUUCACCAAGUUAACUAGAUCUACGUUAGUAUUUUUAAAAGAAACCCAUGCCAUGUCCUAGGAGGCCUAGAUAUUGUAGUGAAAAGCAUUUUGUUGAAGCCAUGUUGAACAAAGAGGUUGCAUUAGCCAUCAAACUAAGUGUAAAUAGUUUCAUAUUCACCACAGAUAUUGCAUCAUACUAUAUACAUUAACAUUAAAAGACACUAUAAAAGUAAAACACUGGUGAUUGUGCAGUGUAUUGUAAAAUAGUUUUCAAAUUGUGACAGCAAAACUAAGUCUUGAGUUUUACUGCAAAUGUGUUUCCUUGGAACCAGAUCAGCAUUUUUACAAUGAUACACUGCUUAAAUCUGAAAUGCAAAACAUCUAGGAAAGGGCUCAAUUAAAACAAAAAAUACAAAGUGCAUACUCAAAUUCUACCCUAGAACUACUCCAUCCCUAGUUCACAGUCAGUCUAUUUAAAAAAAAAAAAAAAAAAAAAAGAAA